AUGCCGACAUCAAUAGCCUUGUGCAAAUUCGUAGGCACAGUGACCUUGGGACUGUUGACCGGCGUCUCCUACACCCUCUCCACGCAAUCCCUCCCCUCCCUCCUCACCCUCCCCAGCGCCAAACCAGCCGCCUAUACCUUGAACCAAACCGCGCGCCUCGCAACCCUCCACAUCACCACCUUAUCAACCAUCUCCUGCAUCUCCCUCGCCACCGCCUUCGCCCUCUCAUCCCCGCGACAAAGACAUCCCUACCUGCUCUGGACAUCCCUUGCCGCUGCUUCGAGUGGCCUGCUGAAUUUCGCCAUGGAUGCUAGCACCAGGAGCAGUGCCGCGAUCGAGGAAGUGGGAGAGAUUAAUGGGGAGCAAGUGGAGAAGAAGGCACGGGAUUUGCAGUGGGUGGAGUUUGUUCGAAUGGGUGUAAGUGGAGUCGGGUUCGUGAUGGGUGUGGUGGGGAUCUGGGGCGAUGGGGCCUGA